GAGAGCGGCAGCGGCAGCGGCAGCGGGCACGGAGGCUCGACGCCCGGCGCCUCGCCCAGCCCCGGCCGCGUGUGCGGGGGCGCGGAGGGCGUGGCGGGAGCGGGGGCGGGGCCCUGCAGCCCUGGACCCGCGGCGCCGCCCGGCGCGGGCGGGCGCGGGUCGCCGCUGCAGCUGACGCCUGUGCUGCUGGAGGCGCAGGUGGCGCGCCUGGCGGAGGCGGCGGAUGCCCUGGCGCGCGCGCUGCCCCCGCUGUCCCCGCGCCCGCCCCACGCCGCCAAGCGACGCCUCUGCAGGGACCUCGAGGUGGUGAUGAGCAUGCCCGAGGACGACCCGCGCCGCAUGGAGGAGAUCCGCAAGUACGCUGCCAUCUACGGCCGCUUCGACUGCAAGCGCAAGCCCGAGAAGCCGCUCACGCUACAUGAGGUGGGUGCGACCGCUGCCUGGGCCCUCCGCCCUUGCCCCAGGCACCGCUCCCGACCCUCUCCCGACCCCGCUCCCGACCCCGCUCCCGACCCCGCUCCCGACCCCGCUCCCGACCCCGCUCCCGACUCCGCUGCCGACCCCGCUGCCGACCCCACACCAGAUCGCUCUCCCGACCGUGUCUGUGAACGAGGCGGCGGCGCAGCUGUGCCGCUUCAUGCCCGCUCUGCUGGCGCGUCGCGACGAGCUCUUCCCGCUGGCGCGCCAGGUGGUGCGGGACGCGGGCUGCGCCUUCGCCAAGGGCGCCUCGCCGCUGGGCCCUGGCCCCGGCGC